AUGAACCAGUAUGACCAAUGGAAUCGUAGGAUCCGGACCAUUUGGUACUGCAGCAGUUUGUACGUUGAAUACAAAAAUGCCUUGAGGAAAGCAAAAAAAAUGCCUGUGGAGAAAAAGACAGAAUAUUGGGAGAAGAAGCAUGAAGAAUUUGCAACAAAAAUGCUCAACAAUAUAUACGAAUUAAGAGGAUGGUGGGUAAAGGUAGGUCAAUUUUUAAGUACGCAAGAAAAUAUCAUGCCAAUGCCGUACAUAGAAAAGUUUACAAAAUUGCAAGACAUGAUGCCAACAUCUUCCUUUGAUAAGAUAGAAAUUAUUUUAAAAAGAGAAUUAGGAAACAUUUAUGACAUAUUCGAACACAUUGAAAAUGAGCCAUUAGCGAGCGCAUCUAUAGGACAGGUUCAUCGAGCUCAAUUAAAGAAUCAUGAACAUAACAGAACAAGUGUGAAUGAAAUUAAGAAAACAAAUGAUUAUGAUGUUAUUAUAAAAAUUCAACAUGAGGGAAUUGAUCAAUUUCUUUCGUCUGAUAUAAAUACGUUGAAAAAAGUAUCAUGGGCCUUUGGAUUAAUAGACAAGAAUUUUUAUUUCACGGAUUUUAUUGAUGAAUGGCAAGAUUCUGCAUCUAGGGAAUUGAAUUAUAAGUACGAAUUGUAUCAUCAGAUAUUAGCUUAUAAUACUUUUAAAAAAUCUGGAAUUCCUUUAAAAAUUCCUAAAAUUUAUUGUGCAUAUACAACCUCAAAAGUGUUAGUAAUGGAAUAUAUAAAAGGGUUCAAAAUAACAGAUACCAAUUCGAUAAAGAAGUAUAACAUCAAUGCCUAUGAUUUAGUGUAUAAAAUUAUUGAUUAUUUUGCAUAUCAAAUUCAUAACGAUGGUUUUUUUCAUGGAGACCCUCAUCCAGGUAAUAUACUUGUUAUGGUGGAAGAGAAGAAAAGACACAGACGGAGGAUUAGAAAAAGGAGAUCCGAUGGAAGUAGUCUACAUAGACGUAAACAAAGCGAACAUCAAGAUGAGGAAAAAGACACAGGAGUAGCUGAAAGAGACAAAGAGGAAGAGAAUAAUGAGAAGUUAAUUCUGAGUACGCAUCUUGCUGAUGACAAUCCAAGUGAUUUCGAAGAAAAGAAAAAAAAAUCUUUUAUUGGAACGAUGAAUGGAUCUGACAGUUCUAACACUUCUUACACGUCAAAUGCAUUUAACACAUUUAGUACAUCUAACAGAUGCAACAAGCUGAAUGCACCAAAUAAAUCUAACAUUUCUAGUGCAUCCAUGGAGGACUUAAUAGAUGCAAGGUACAACAUAGAUAAGAUGAAAUGUGAACCAACAAGUAAUAUGAACCCAUUUUUCAAAUCAUUCAGCUUUGUUGAUUAUUCGAACAAAAAAAAUGAGGAAAUUUCGGAUCAAGUAUUGAAAGAAGAUUAUAAUUUUAUCAUUAAUGAAAAUAUGAGUGAUGGAGUAAGCACAAUUCGAAAAAGUAUUUCCAAAUCAGAAGAAUAUAUUUCUUAUUCCAAUCCUAGGAGAGACCAUUUCCAAUUAGGUACAAAUUCUAUGGGUCAAGGAGAAUGUCAAACAAAGCUGAUUGAAAAUGAAAAUAAUUCUCUCCAUAUGCAAAGGAAUAUGUUUCAAGAAUGUAUGAAUGCAAAGAGGGAAUCUUCCAAAGAAAGAAAUGUAAAAGAAGAAAAAAAGAACACAGAAAUAAAUAAAAAAGAUAUACAUGAAUCUGAUGAAAAAAAAAAGAAUAGAAGACGAUCAUACACAUUCGUUCCAGCGAUUAUCGAUUGGGGAUUGAUUAAACAAUUAGAUGGAGUAAUGAAAUUAGCAUUUUGUAAAUUAGUUUACAAUAUAAGUUGUAUGAAUGUUCUAAAUAUUAUAGAAGCAUUUGAAGAUAUGGGUUUCUGUUUUAAGGAGGAUUUCACAUAUGAUCCAGAAAUAUAUAUUGAAAAUUUAAAGCGUUUUUUUUUAAAAAAGUUAGAAGAGUCAAGUAACAAAAUGGGUGAAGAAGGAGCUGCAACAACAACAGCAGCAGGAACGGGUGGAAGUAAAGAACAGACAAAUGGUCCCCUUGAUGUUAAAAAAAAUAGCAAUUUAGAAGUUUUGAAAAAUAUAGACAAAAAAGAUGUUGUAGAUAAAAAUCCAAUUAGUGAUGUCCCAAAGGAUAUUAUAUUUUUUAUGCGAGUAGCUUCAUUACUUCAUGGUUUAUGUACCCAAAUGAAUGUAAGUAUAAACUAUCUUAGUAUAUUUUCAAGAAGAGCAAGAGAAGCAUUAGAAAAAAUGUAUAAACCGAUUCAUCAUUCCAUUUACACUAUCCCAAUUGAUAAAACUCCCAAUUCAUUUCUUGAAAAAAGAAUUCAUAAUUUACUCAAAAGAUUAUACGAGGAGAAAAAAAUAUUAGGUUGCCAAGUAGCUAUUAUACAUAAUAAAAAAAUUGUUGUUGAUACAUGUGUUGGUGUAACCAGCACAACAGACAGGAGGCCAAUAACAAGACAUUCCCUCUUUAGUGGUUAUUCCUUAAAUAAAGCUAUCCUAACUAUUGCUUUGAUACAUCUAAUGUCAAACUUAGUUCAUGAACAACAUUCCUUUGAAAAUUUCUUUUUAAAUUUUAAAAAAAAAAAAAAAAAAAAAAAAAAGACAGACCAAGAAGAGAAUGCGAAUAAUAAUGACAACUGCCCGAGGAUUUUAAUUCAGAAGGAGGAAUCACAAGAUCAGCAGAACAAACAAUUCGAAGCAGCUAAUGAAGUUCCACUUGGAAUUAUAGAUGUAUCGCAGUAUGUGCAAAACAAAUGCAAAGAUGAAAUAUCAAAUGGAAUUAAUAAAUUUGAAAAUGAUUAUUUUGAUGAAUUAAAAAAGACGGAUACUCAUUUGGAUGAGUUCUGUUCUGCUAAUGAAGGAAUUGUUGAUGGGUCUCAUGCAUCUGCUUUAGAAGUUGGCAUUGAGGAAUUAAAGGUGAAGAUAGAGGAGGGGUUCAUUCCUGUAGGAACUACAUCAAGGAGUAAGUACAACAACAUCUAUGGUUUUAACAAUAACACAAGCAGAUAUUGUGAAAAUUAUGAUCAUUCUUUUAGUAGUGAUGGGGAUCAGGGCAGAAGCAAAGAAGAGGAUGAUAAUGAGAAAGAUUCAACUAACAGCUAUCAGAGUCUGUCACGCAUCAGUUCUGAGAUGAAUUCUCAUAAUUAUUUUGUCUCCAGAUCGAAGAAGAAUACCAGGACUAAUCGUCAAAAGAAAGGAGUAGAUUGCCAGAUGUAUGAUACAAGGUACGAUAGGGAGAAGGAGGAAAUAUGUGAGAAAAUUAUAAAGGAUAUUGAAGCAAAGCAGAUAAGAAAUUUUAAGAGCACAAUAAACGAUUAUAUUUGCAAUUAUUGGGAUGGGUUCAUAUGCAAUAAUAAAAAGAAUAUCCGAAUAAAAGAUGUAUUAACAUUGAAAUGUUUUAUUAAGAAACCAUUUCAUGAGAAAAUAACUUUAAGCAAAUUUAUUGACACUGAUGAAAUGAUUAAAAUGAUAGAAAAUUCCAGAAAUUACAAUGUAUCCAAUAAAUCCAAAAUGUAUGGAGAAUAUUUAUACCUAAUUGAUACAUAUAUCAUAUCAGAAUUGAUUAAUAAUAUAUCAGGACUUAAAUACUAUGAAUAUAUUUACAAAUAUAUUAUUAAACCUUUAAAUUUGAAAGAUGAAAUGUAUAUACCAAUUCCUUCUUACAUUUUAAAAAAGCAUCAAAAUGAAAUGAAAAAAAGUAAAAAUAAUAACGACCCUUCCAUGAAAACAAAUGAAAAAGGGAAAAAAAAUAACAAUAAAGAGAAAAAAUCAAGUCUAAUCAAAGAAAGUUCUAACAUCCUCAGAAGUAAUGAAUUAAUACCUAAUGCAUUCGUAUCAAAAAAUAAAAAAUUGAAUAACAUUUCCAAUUUUGCAAAUGAUAUGUAUCAAGGGAAAAAAAAUGUCAAUAUGAAUCCGUCUAAUAGAAUUUAUAACAAUAGAGAAAUCCAAAGUAGUGUACCAAUAAACAAACAUGGGAAUGUUAAAUUCAGUUUUAUUGAUGAGAUAACAUCGAUUAAGCGGAGAUCAAUAAGUGUCGAUGUCUAUUACUCUAGUAUUGGAAAGAAUAAUCCAUGUGAAAAUUCUGGUAAAUGGUUAAAAAGUGUCAACAAUAUGCAAAAGAAUAAAUUGGGAAAGAAUGAGUUGAAUGGCGUGGAAGAGAGCGAAAUAAAAAUUUUAGAAGAUGAAACAAAUCUUAAGGCAGAGGAGUGUAAUAAUAAUGCACAAGUGAAUAUCCUAUUAAACAAUAAAAAAAUUGCAGAUAUUGACAUACAAGGAAAGAAAUGUGUAUCGAAUAAUGUUCUAGAUAGUUAUACAAAAAAUAAAGAACCAUUUAGUUUUAGAAAUAAAUUACUAAAUCAUGUAGACAAUUUAAGAGUAAAAACGAAGAAAAUUAAUGAUUCGAUAAAAAAUAUGUAUGAAAAUAAUGAAAAUAUAUUUUUGAAAAAUUUUUUCAUGAUGCAACAAAAGAAAAAUGAAGAUAUAAACAAUAAAUUUGUUUAUAAUUACAGAAAUGAUGAUUUUAACUACAUGUAUGAUAAAAAUUUAUGCAGUUAUACAAAUAGGAAAAUGUAUGAAAAUUACCUGCACAGUAAUAAUAACUAUUAUUGUAAUGAAUUUUUAAGAGAAGACAUGAAUAAUAAUAAAAUGGACAAAAAAUGGAAUAUAAAAAAUAUUAACAAAAUUACUUCUAAUUUAGGAUUUUCAGAAAAAAAUAAAAAAAACAUGUUAUUUGUUCACACAAAUGAUCAUACAACAAAUAAACGGUCUCGCAGCUGCAUGAAUUACAAACUAACCAAUUAUAGUGAAAAUAAUAACAUGAACAAUGAAAAAGGGAACAAAUUAUAUAGUUCUAACAAUUCUAAUUGUGUGGUUUUUAAAUAUCAGAAUGACACAGAUGAAUUGUUAUCUAAUUAUAGUGCUCCUUUUAUUUUUAUAAAUGCUUUGAAUAAUUCACCAGAAUAUAAUAAUACAGAAAAUGACACAAAUUAUCAACACAAUCAUUCAUACAAUUUAGAGGAAGGAAAUCGAUUUUAUAAAUUGAAUUUUGAUGAAAAUAUUAAAACACUCUUUCACAAUGUUAAUGCCAGAAGUAGUGGAGAUGAAUCUGCCAAUAGUGUGCUAAAGGAAAAGUACAAUCAAUAUCAUAGAAGAAACAGAAAGUAUCGAAAAUUGUUUAAUUAUAUAAAGGAUUUAAGAAGAAGUAUACAAGAAAAAAAUAAGAAAAUUAGAAAUAUUAAUAACCCUUUAUUUAACAAAAUGCAGAAUGAAGAUGAUGGAACUGUAGGCUCGAAUAACAUGAAAAAAAAGGGGAUCAGCACAAAGAAUUUGAACACAUUCGAAACGGUGAGCCAAGACUUGCUAAAGAAACUAAUCAAAAAUGAUGAGGAACUUUUGAAAAAACUAAUUGAUUAUAAAUACAAUAUUAUGCAGAAACAAAGAAACAACAUUUUGAAAAGGAAGAACAAAAUGAAUAUAUACACGAAUGAAUAUUCAGAAGAAAUAGAAAUGUUUAGUGAUUCUCACUUUUGCAAUGAGGACGCAAAAAAAAAAAAAAAAAAAAAAAAGGGAAAAGCGAGAGGAGAGGCGAAAGGAAUAGGAAAAGAAAAAAACGGCACCUGUUCCUCUCCGAACAACAGUGCACACGAAAUGGAAGAAAGAAGAUUCAUGGAAGAGAAGAAGCACAGAUUAGAAACCUAUUUAGUCAUGAAUAAACUAUAUAAAAAAAACAACAAAGAUCUAAUAUCAGAGGAAAAUCAUACAAUAAAUAAAAAAACGGAUGUCUAUUGGAGGUUAGCUUAUGCUAAUAGAGACAUUAACUUCACUGAAACGGUUUCAAAGGAAAGUAUGAAUAAUAAAUUUGGUAGUAUGCUGAAAUCAAAUACAAAGGGGAAAAAAACUGGAGGAUAUGAUUCUCAGGUGGGUGAAGCUACCAAUGUGCUGGACGAGAGUAAAGGAGAUGCUACGAGAGUUGCAAAUGGGGAAAAUGGGGAAAAUGCAACAAAAGGGAUAAACGAAGCAAAUGGGGCAGGCACAACCAGUUUAGUAAAUAAAUGCAACUUGGAAACCAAAUUAAAGACCUAUUUAGAAAAUUUCAAUGCCAAACAGUGUAGUGAAUACAUAUCACUAUUUCAGCUAGCCCAAGCAAAGCCGUAUGUAGUUGAUCCCCUAAUUUAUGAUUCCAAAAAGAUCCUGGAUAAAUUUAUCCCUAUUAAUGGGCGAUAUACUGCUAGGGCUAUGUGUAAAAUACUAGCUUUUGCAAAUAAUAAAUUUUUUUUCCCUCCUUAUAUUAUGAACAAAGUCAGGAAAACAUAUUCACUUGAUGAAAGUGUAGAAUCUUUGAUUUUGACUGGAGGAAUGAGUAGAAAGUGGGGAAUGGGGUUUCAGCUCUUUGAGUGUGAAUAUGCAGACAACAUAAAUGAGGAUUUUUAUCUGCAUAAAAUCAAAACAAAGGGAAGAGGCAAAACGAGGGAACAUGACAAAGCGAAGGAACAAGGCAAAACGAAGGAACAUGGCAAAACGAAAAAAGAUAAGAAAAAUAACUCAAAGAUUAAACGGAUUGUCGGGUAUGGACAAUCAGAUUUUUCCGGAUGUCUUGCUGUAUCUUUUCCAGAGAUUGAUCUCUCUCUCACCAUCCUCCUUACAGACAUUUUUAAAGGGGCAACUGUUUCCCAUAUAAUUCUCGAAUAUGUUCUCAAAUUAUACGGCAUAAAGCCCAAAUGGAAAUUACCAGUGAAAGUGUCAGAACUCAUGAAAGUUUUGUGA